CUUGAAACUUGCAAGUUGACAUUAUACUCAUUUCUUAAGGAGAUUUGUAAAUCUUGGCCACUAGUAGCAGUACGCGAUGGGAAAUACUAUGAGAGUGGCAGGGGAGUUCGCCUUUUGAAUGAAUUCAUCAAUUGUGAGGAUGGCACUGGGCUUCUGACAUGGUUUUUUAAGCACAGUCUCCUCUCCUCCGCUCAGCCCGUCAGUAUUCCGCUGAUCUCUAGCUCUUCCUUGCCGGUGAUUCAGCCUUCUUCCUUGCGUUCUGCUUCGUCUGGCAAGUAUUCUUUUAUAUUUGUUGAUCUAAGGAUACCCCAUCAGAUCUUUACAAAUAAAAUGCCUUCAUCAAUCAGACGAGAGCAAAUUUCCUCUACAUCUUGGGCUGCGUGUCUCAGGAGUUGGAGUGGUUGAUGUCCGCUUCCGGGCCUUCCAACACUGUUCUUGAAACGGUGUUUCAUUACUCCAGAAUGUUCAUGGUCCAACUGCUUGGAAUGGUUCCUUCUCAACCUACUAGCCUACAAACAGCAGAGGAAAUGGCAUUGCUGGCUUAUGUAGAAUCAAGAAUAAAAGCUUUCUAGACCAGUGUAGGUAUAUAUCCAUCAACUGUUUGAUGAAUUGUCGGCAAAGGAAAAUAGAACAGUGGAAGAGGACAACACUAAGGAGUUCUGUACCCAACACUAAGGAGUUCUGUACCCAAACAUUGACUUCUGAGCUUCAUGGAGGAUCAAAGAUCAUAAUAUACUCUGAGGAAUAAGGUACACAUAACUUUGUGGCAUAUAUCCAAUCCAGACGACAUUACUUGGGAUGGAGGAGGAUGUAGAACACUGAGCAUAUGUUUGGAUAAAGGCUUCUAGCGAUGAAGCUUACUUUCUCCAUGGAAGCAUAAUUUGUUCCAAAUCAAUUCAUAGCUUUGCCUUUACUAGGGAACAAGAAGAAGAAAAAAUAGGAGAUGUAGAAUCAAACUCAUUUUAGUAUUUACACAAAGUUUGGCUCAUCGGCUGAAUGCAUGGGAAGAAAAGGAUCCUCCAAGUGACAAUCCCAUUUUCUACAAUCAUAUUAAUGUUGAUGACAACCCUUUCAAUGAUUCUCCCAUACAAGCAUUGGAAGUACUCGAGGAGCGGAAAACAAUCUUUGGUGCUAUUUAAACUCUACAAGAGGACAUACUCCCCCUUACAAAUGAUGAUCUGGAGCAAGGCCAAAGUUCUAGCAAAUAGCAAGUUGGCGAUGCCGAUUGGGAUUUUGGAGGAGCUGAGUGAAGAUGAUUUUGCAAAGGAUCUUUUACGGAUAUUAAAGAGCUCAUGUCCAAAAAGGAAAGGCAAGCAACUAGAGACAUUACAUUCCAAGCUCUAAAAGGUUUCAUUUUCAGCAAAUUGGUUAGGCUCCAAUGCUACACUGGCUUGGGAUGCUGAUUUUGUUUGGUGUGUGAUUUUGUAAGCUAGUGUUGAACUCAAGAACUUUCUCUAAAAGGUAUUUUUUGCAUGUAAUAUUUUUGCUGGAAUGAAUUAUUUCUUUCAUUUGAGUAUAUGGAAGAACCUAAAGGACUUCUCUAUAUUCUCUAAUAGCUAAUACCUGUACGUUUUGGCAUAGAUGAACUAUUAUUAUAUUUAUUACAAAGUACGUAGUAUUAUUAUUGAGUAUAUAUGGAUGGAAAUGAUUGUCUCACUCCCAACAUGUUAUUUAAAUCUCUCAUACUUCUUUAAUAAGUAAAAUAUUUUCUGUGUCCACGUUAAAUUUUAAAUAACUUGUCGACAUAUAGAAAUUUGGGUACGUUUUAGUUUAUUUGUUGAAUUUCUUCCUUAUGCUUAAAAAACUUAAAAAAUAGGAUGCUAAUGU